AUGGCGCAGGUUACGCCCCGUUCGAUACUGGCACUUCAGCUUCCAGACCCUCGAUUCAGCGUUGACUUUGCGAACUACGCACUCGACCCCAAAGCAUAUGCUACAACCAAAAAGUACAUGCAGGACUUGUUCCCCGGUCAGAACAAGCCGUUACCACCACCAAAGGCUGCAUCAUCGCGUCAUGGCAAUGUGAACGCAAAGCCUCGACGCGUCAUGGCAAAAGAGCCGACACCUUCCUCAGCGGCAUCGCAAAGUCUUGACGACAAGUGGGAUGCGCACACAAUAGAGUGUAUGAUAAUGCUCGACGAAUCACUCGUCGACGAAUCGGAUCGAUCUUCAGCCUUAUCGAACUCAACAGCAGAGUCUUACGCCACCAACGUUACUUCCACCAGCGCUUUGGGUAGUACAGCGCCUACAACAAAAGCUACCAGCGGUCUCCCAGAGUCGACGCGUUCCUUUCUUCAACUUCCCCAGGCAAUAGUCAAUCACAUAUUGUCAUACGUUUUCGCUGAAGAACGCGCGGUCUCCAUCACACCAUACCAGUCGCGUAUCACACCCCAGCCACGACGCCGGCACCGCCAUGGCCCGAGCACCAUCGACAUCCGAUCUUUCAUGAUGCAUCCGGCACUGAUGGUGUCUAAGCAGGCCCGCGAGCUCGGACUAGACAUCCUCUAUCGCGACAGCCUCUUUCUCAUUGAUCUGUCUGACAUCGGUGGUGCCAGCGUCGGUGCCGAGAAGGACAUUGGCAAGUACUGGGGAUGCUGGACGAGCAGUACGCCACCUCACAUGGUCAAGUCGGCACUCUCCCGUGCUGCGAACAUCCGUAUCCAGCUCCCAGUCCCUAGCGCAGAAGCUACAGUUGUACGCAGCGCAACUAAGAGGAAGAAGGAUGCACAGGAAGACACUUCCAUCGUGAUCGAUUCUCUACGCACAGUGACCACCCUCAUUACUGGUCAGGACAGUACCCCAAUUCAACCAACAGAACGCAGUCGCUCGGCAAGUCCAGCGGGGCCGAAGAUCCUCCGUCGCAAGCUCAGCUUCCGAUCUGCGAAGCGUCCUGACUCAUUGGAGUUUGUUUGCCGCGGAGACUCACCUCCACCCCAACCGAGAGAACCCUUAAGCACGCUAGAGGUUGUACUCGUGAAGGCUAAUGCAGACGCCGAAGUGCACAGCCAAACGCUGGACAUGGUAGCAAUAUGCAGUAGCAUUCCAGUCUCCGGCGCUCUAGAGUAUCAUCUUGAGCUUGACGCGAUGAGGAGGCUGUGGGCUAAGCGUGACAAUGGACAAUGGCGAGGAAGUGAGCCAGAUGGUCACAAACUCCUGCAUGAUCUGAGGGCUCUAGGACAUUCAGCGGCGAAAGCAGAAGUCUCGCAACCUCGUGGACAGCUCAGACAGACGCACGACCAGCCUACUGCACGUGCAGAUGUACUCCAUAGAGAUAGGGCACGCCCUGCCCAGCAACCAACCAGCGGCAGACCCAGCUUAGAGGGGCACCUUCAGCAACGAGGUAUUCCGAAAACACGGCCUGCUAAAAAUGGCCUUGUUGCAAGGAAGAUCAAAGAGAUGGAGAGCCUUUCCAAGAUCAAACUGUUGAAAGGCAACAAGCAGCCGCCAACUGUUGAGGAGCUUCAACAAAUCGCCUCUGACAUCAGGAGAGGCGUCUACUAA